AUGUCUGAGACAUUGGGACUGUGCUCGUGGAUGAUCGGAUCAGUGAUCAGUGGCUUGCUAGACCCCCACUCCACGGAAGCCUGCCCCUCAGGCGUUCUUUUGGAAAUGUCACUCCGGUCGCCUACGGAAGAGUUGGCGUGCACCGUACCAACUGAACGAGUCCAAUCGUCCUCAACGCCCCUGACGCCAAGCUCCGAAGUUCUUUUGACAUCUCGACUCAACCUCCCUAUUCUGGAUGGUGUCUGGGAGGACAAUGUAUGUUCCCUUCAAUUUGAUGCGGUCAACGUCAGUGAACAACUUCUGCCAGGGUAUGCUGUUCAUGAUGCAAGCCGAUCUCAUCUGGGACAGAUCGGAGAUGAGCAGGUGUACUCCGUACGGGUAGAAGAACGGAAAUCACUAGACAUUCCCAAGAGGGGCACAAAGCGACGAUGGAGAAGGGCACAAAGCGGCAGGACGCGCCAUCAACUCAAUGAUUGA